AUGGGGGAAGAUGGAGCUGAUGAUGCUUCGUCAAGUUGGGAGCAAGACCAUGUCUUUGUACGUUGGGAUGCCCCUCUCCCGAGCAGUGCUAGCGGAACCCCUGUCUUCCUUUCCUUCGAAGAUCUUGGUAAAGAGGUGCCAGACAAAGAUGCAGCACCGGAACCUGCUCCGAAGGAGGAGACAGCGGCGAGCAGCCAGGGCGUUGAAUCAAAGAGAUUCGCCUUCCUUCCUGAGUUGUCUCUCAGCCAGGCCCUCAAGGAUCGAGCGGAAUCUUUCAGAUCUAUGCAGUCAGAGGCUCGCGAGUUGUUGUCCUGUGGGCGUCCGGAGGUGAGAUCGACCAAAGAGCGAGUCAAACACCUCAGAAGAGUAGCGAAGAUGUUGGAUACCUUCCAAGAGAGAUCCAAGUCGGUUAGCCACUUAGUGAAUCCAGGGGCAUCCUCCUCAUCACAUGCAAAGCAAUCCUAG